AUGUCGUACUGUAACAGAAAUUUUGUGAUUUUUUUGCUGAAACAAACGGGGUAUCCUUACGUAUUCUGGAGUUUCAUAAACCGCCAAGGUGUAGCUGUUGGAUUGGAACUUGCAGAGUUUGGUUCCGUUGUAGUUGGUAUUCAAUACGAAUUCCUUUGGUGCCAUGACGACUUCAUAAGCAACCUUGAAGUGGCGUUGAAUGAAGCUGGAAAGAGUUUGGACGAGUGGUCCAAGGGUUUGUGGUCCACCGGCUCCGAACAAGUCCAAAGUUUUCAUUCCGGUCUCUACGACAUUCUUGAUAGUGCUGUCGCAGCAGAAAAGCUUGCCUGGCUUGGCAAGUUGACGGUCCUUCCACGAUGGGCAGGUGUCAUCUUGGCCUAA